CAUACCAUAUGUUAUAUUACUUCUAAUAUGGCGAACUUUCUUGAUCAUCAACAUCAUCCUCUGCAACACGUUUGACUAUUACGUAGUUGUUAUGGGAUGUUGGUUUAAUUGUGCAUCAUAUUCCUUUUUGAGACAUUUUUAUUCAUUUCAUCAUCCUGAACAUAUCUUGUAAAAAUGAGUGUCGACGCAUACGGACCGAGUUCUCAAACUUUAACGUUUUUGGACACGGAGGAAGCGGAUCUUAUUGGUGCUGAUACACAAGGGUCCGAAUUCGAAUUUACGGAUUUUACAUUACCAUCACAAAGCCAAACUCAGGCGUCACAACACGAUCAUGGCUUAAGUUCAUCUAACCAGGUGAAUGGAAUAGGACGUCAAGAUUUAAGUUCUAAGAUCACUGGCGUUACUAAUACUAUUGCAGAAUUGCAAUUUGAGGAGGAAGAUGAGGCAUUGUAUGGGAGUAAGGAGCUACCAGAACACGCGUGCAAAUACUGCGGUAUCCACGACCCCGCCACUGUCGUGAUGUGUAACAUAUGUAACAAGUGGUUUUGUAAUGGUCGUGGCAAUACAUCUGGGUCUCACAUCAUCAAUCAUCUAGUGAGAGCUAAGCAUAAGGAAGCUGCGUUACACAGAGAUGGGCCUCUUGGGGAAACAUUACUGGAGUGCUAUUCAUGUGGAGCAAGGAAUGUUUUUGUUCUGGGUUUCAUACCUGCUAAAGCGGACUCUGUUGUUGUAUUGCUGUGUCGCCAACCAUGUGCAGCCCAAAGUUCAUUGAAAGAUAUGAACUGGGAUCAAGAACAAUGGAAACCAUUGAUUUCCGACCGCGCUUUCUUGUCCUGGCUAGUAAAGGUUCCCUCAGAAACGGAGCAAAUGAGGGCACGUCAAGUGUCACCACAACAAAUCGGCCGUCUGGAGGAACUGUGGCGCGACAAUGUCGAUGCGACAUUUCAAGAUCUGGAGAAACCUGGAGUAGAUGAGGAGCCCCAUCAGGUUCUGCUACGAUAUGAAGAUGGUUACCAGUACCAAAAUAUAUUUGGGCCACUUGUUAAAUUAGAAGCGGAUUACGACAAAAGGCUGAAGGAGUCGCAGACACAGGAGGGUAUUGAAGUACGUUGGGAUGUUGGCCUCAAUAAGAAGACCAUUGCAUUCUUCACACUCGCUAAAACUGAUAGCGACAUGAAACUAAUGCAUGGAGAUGAACUUAGAUUGAGAUAUGUGGGUGAAUUGCAUAAGACUUGGUCAGGUGUGGGUCAUGUCAUCAAAGUGCCCGAUAACUAUGGUGAUGAUGUGGGUCUGGAACUGAAGAGUGGUGCUGGAGCUCCUUUGGAAUGCACAUCCAACUUUGUGGUCGACUUCAUCUGGAAGAGUACUUCAUUUGAUCGAAUGCAACUCGCUCUCCGCAAGUUCGCGGUGGACGAGUCGUCUGUUUCGGGCUACAUCUACCGCCGGCUGCUGGGCCACGAGGUGGAGGAGGUGCUGUUCCGCGUUCACCUGCCCAAGCACUUCAGUGCGCCUAACCUACCUGACCUCAACCGAUCACAGGUGUAUGCUGUUAAACAUGCGCUUCAACGUCCUCUAUCGCUGAUCCAAGGUCCUCCGGGUACUGGAAAAACUGUGACGUCAGCAACGAUCGUGUACCAGCUGGUGCGACAGAGCGGCGGACCGGUGCUCGUGUGCGCGCCUUCCAACACCGCCGUCGACCAGCUCACAGAGAAGAUCCACCGCACGGGGCUCAAGGUGGUGCGGCUGUGCGCCAAGUCGCGCGAGGCAAUGGAGUCAUCGGUUUCCUUCCUGGCGCUGCACGAGCAGGCGCGCGCACUCGGCUCCGCGGAUUCGGAGCUGCGCAAACUCACCCGGCUGAAGGAGGAGGCGGGCGAGCUGGCAGCCGGCGACGAGCGUCGCUACCGCGCCCUGCGCCGCGCCGCCGAGAGGCGCCUGCUGGACGCCGCGGAUGUCGUCUGCACCACCUGCGUGGGCGCCGGAGACCCGCGUGUCGCCCGCAUGCGCUUCCAAUCCAUCCUCAUCGACGAGGGUAUGCAGUCGACGGAGCCCGAGUGCAUGGUGCCCGUCGUGCUCGGCGCCCGGCAGCUCAUUCUCGUGGGUGACCACUGCCAGCUGGGACCCGUCGUCAUGUGCAAGAAGGCCGCCAAGGCAGGCCUCAGCCAGAGUCUUUUCGAGCGUCUCGUCGUACUCGGCAUCCGUCCCUUCCGUCUGGAAGUACAGUAUCGUAUGCAUCCGGAGUUGUCGCGCUUCCCAUCCGACUUUUUCUACGAGGGCUCCCUUCAAAACGGCGUGAGUGCAGAAGAUAGGAGACUACAUAAAAUAGAUUUCCCGUGGCCGAGACCGGACCGGCCUAUGUUCUUCUACGUGACACAGGGUCAGGAAGAGAUCGCCGGCUCGGGAACCUCAUACCUGAACCGCACCGAGGCCGCUAACGUCGAGAAGUUAACGACACGCUUUCUCAAGGCGGGCGUCCGCCCCGAGCAGAUCGGCAUCAUCACCCCCUACGAGGGCCAGCGCUCGUACCUCGUGCAGCACAUGCAGUACCAGGGCAGCCUGCACGCCAAGCUCUACCAGGAAAUAGAGGUGGCCAGCGUCGAUGCGUUCCAGGGCCGAGAAAAGGAUAUCAUUAUAAUGUCUUGCGUCCGCUCCAACGAACACCAGGGCAUAGGUUUCCUGAGUGACCCGAGACGCUUGAACGUGGCCUUGACUCGCGCCAAGUACGGCCUCAUCGUGGUCGGCAACCCUAAAGUUCUGAGCAAGCAACCCCUCUGGAACCAUCUGCUCGCGUUCUACAAGGAGCGGCGCGUGCUCACCGAGGGCCCGCUCUCCAACCUCAAGGAGUCCGCGAUCCAGUUCGCCAAGCCAAAGAAACUCGUCAACUCGCAGAACCCGGGCUCGCAUUUCAUGUCGACGUCGAUGUUCGACGCGCGCGAGGCCAUGGUGCCGGGCUCGGUGUACGAUCGCGCGCGGCCGCCGCGGGACCCGCUCGCGUACGUGGGCGCGCCUACGUCCGCGCACGCGGGCGUGCCCCCCGCCGCGUUCCCGCAGCGCGCCGCCAUGCGCGCCCGCCGCCGCCCGCCGCGCCUCUCGCAGGAGCCGCUGUCGCAGCAGCCGCCGCUGUCGCUGUCGCAGGGCGCCUCGCAGCCGGACUUCAGCCAGGAGUCGGCGGCGCCAGACUGCCCCUCGCAGCCGGACGGGCUGCUGUCGCAAGACUCGUCGUACCAGGGCGGAUUCCGCGCACGCUGCAGCCAGUACUGAGGGGGACGGAGAGUGCCGCAUCAGACCUCACUCCGCGGUGCCGGCGGACGCGCCACUGCCACCGCCGCCGGGCGCGAGGAGCGCGAGGAGCGCAGCGAGCCCACACACGACGCGACACACGACACCCUACGGCUCUGAUACAGGGAUAGAGAUAAGUUCGGGCGACGUUGUCUUGGAAAUUGUUUAUCGGUUCAAAUUAGCGAAUGUCGAUUCGGUGAAAUUGUUAGUUUCGUCAAACAUGCCACGGAGUAAGCGUACUUUCAUAGAUCGUCACCUCAAAGUCUCGGUGUUUCUCAAAUGGUCAUCUUCUAAAUGUUCCAUGUGAAAUUGUACGAAUAAAACUAAGGAAACGGCAAUUUGUAAUCCAUUCAUAUUUUAGCAAUGUACUAUCUUAUUUUCACAUUAAAAUGAAAUAGUUUCGCCAAUCGAUAUAUAUUUUAUUCAAGUAUCAAAUAUACCCAUUUCACUUAGGCAUUAAAUUGUAUGCUAGUAAAAAAAACUACCGACUUUCUGACAGAAAUUAA